CCGAGAAUACCUCACUUCACUCACUUCUUUUCAACUCCCGAGGUCUCCUUGUCUCUCUCUUUCACCUCCUCUCUCUCACUCUCUCAGUGCGAGUAGUGGUGCGGAAAGAGCGCAUUGCGCACCACUCUCCACCGAAGAGAGGAAGCAAUCACAGUCACCAUACAUCUUUGAGCUUCUGCUUCUGAUGCUGGUGCCUUACAAACUGUCUCUCUCACUAUAUCUAUAUUAUGUUCGUAGUCUUUAGUUUUCAUCUCGUUUCAAUUUCACUGAAGGUCCCUUUCGCUCUCUUAUCUGUCCUUUUCAUUGAUUUUUAGGAGCUCCCUUUCUGUUGCAUUUACGCUUUUAAAUGGCACUACUGUUGAAUGAAAGUUUGUCGAACUUCAAAUGCAGAUUUUGCAGUCAGAGCUGUUGAGCUCAUCAAGGGUUUUUGGUUGUUGCGCAGCUUUUAUUGUUUUAAUUCUGACUUAAAAGAGACGAAUGUGAGCUUAAGGUUGGAUGAGAAAUUCGGAAGGCUUUGUGCUAUUUUUUGGAUUUUGUGUCUGGAGAUGGAUCCUCCUCUGAUGAAUGAUGGUUCCUUUCGCUCUGUUAACGCCUCAUCUUAUACUUUAACUGAGAUUUGGCCGUUUCCCCUCAACGGAAGUGGCGCUGCUGGUGUUGCUGAACCUGGUAGUGUUUUGGGAUUGAGGAGGCAUCAUUUUGGGCAGAACUUGGCUGGAUUUGGGGAGACUACAGGAAGUGGGACUAUCAAUCGGGAUUUGUCAAUCGAUGAGUCAACGGUUACGGAGCAAAGUGGGAGCCGUGGCGGAGCUGGAAGGAAGCGUAGAGAUGCCGUUUCGGAAGAUGAGUCGUCUAAGCUCGUUUCUACUAGCAGUGGCAAUGACAUGAAUGAUUCUGAUGGUAAACGUCAAAAGGUCUCGGGAUCUGGAGAUGAGAAUGGCGACUCAAAAGUUGACAUGGAAGCAAAUUCAGGAUCUGGUAAUAAGCAAGCUGAACAAAGCAAGCAACCUACUGAGGGAGCUAAGCAAGAUUACAUCCAUGUUCGAGCAAGAAGGGGUCAAGCUACUGAUAGCCACAGCCUGGCAGAGAGAGCUAGAAGAGAAAAGAUUAGCGAGAGGAUGAAGAUUCUUCAAGACCUGGUCCCUGGUUGUAACAAGGUUAUUGGGAAAGCACUUGUCCUUGAUGAGAUCAUUAAUUACAUUCAAUCACUGCAGCGUCAGGUUGAGUUCUUGUCCAUGAAGCUUGAAGCUGUUAAUUCAAGAAUAAGCCCCAGCGUUGAAGGAUUUCCGCCAAAAGAUUUCGGUGAACAGACAUUUGAUACCACUGGAAUGGCUUUCAAUUCACAAGCAACAAGAGAAUAUGGCCAAGGAUCAGCACAGGAGUGGUUGCAUAUGCAGGUUGGUAGUGGAUUUGAAAGAGCAACAUAGUUCUAGGAAGUCCUCGUCAAUUGGCAAUAAGGACAUCAAACAAUCUGUUUCCUUGUUCAAUGGCUGUCAACAAAUAUAUGUCCAUGUCUUAAAUCGUCGAAGGACCUUAUAAUUGUUUUCAAAAUCUGGUGUGGAGCUGUUUCUUUGUUUAUACAAGUGUGUGCUUAAAUAGAAAAUUAGAGCAGCUUCAUUUCUGUGGGUUAGAAAAUCCAUUCUUUUAGCUUCAUAAAUCAUCUGACAUGAUUUCCUGUUCUCUGUUGUAUCAGUAACCUAAAACAAACAUUAUCGUAUGAAUUGUUCCUGAACUCUAUCUAUGACCCAACUAAAGAAAGAUUUUUCAUAGUU